AUGGAUUGGAUUCGUUCGUUAUUUCCGGGUGGAAGGCCUGAGUAUACUUCACUUCCGGAGGAUGAGUUAUCUGCUGGACAGAGACGGGUUUUCCGGGAGCAUGAGCACAAACGCAAACUGCGACUGCUGAUAGUUGCGAUGUUUGUGACUAUUCUGGCGAUCCUGGGCCUGCUGUUCAUUCAGGCAACAGACGGUUCCAACGGCCGACCGCGUCGUUUGCGCAAGUGCGAUACCCCAGAUCUGGGAUUCCAAUGUGAUGCCAAUAUUUCCCACUCAUGGGGACAGUACUCGCCGUACUUUGCCGUCCCUUCCGAGAUCGACCCAGCUAUUCCCCAAGACUGCGAGUUGACCUUUGCGCAGGUCCUCUCUCGCCAUGGUGCCAGGGACCCAACUCUUGGAAAGUCGGUCCAGUACAUCUACCUCGUCAACCGGAUUCAGGAGAAUGCCGAACGUUAUGGAUCGGGAUUCGAGUUUCUCAAGACCUACAAAUUUGGUCUCGGCGCAGACCAGCUCACCCUCUUCGGCGAGCGCCAAAUGGUCAACUCAGGCCUCCAGUUCUACAACCGCUACCAAUCCCUUGCCAGCAAAUCAGUUCCGUUUGUUCGCGCCUCGGACCAGAACAGAGUGGUGGUCUCUGCCAAAAACUGGACUCAAGGUUACAACACUGCUCUCAAGAAGGAUGAAUCGUCCAACCUCCCUCACAAGCCUCUUCCUAUCCUUGAGAUAUCUGAGGCCAAGGGUCUCAACAAUACCCUCUCUCACGGCCUAUGCGACGCAUUCGAAAAAGGAGGGAAAUAUUCCGAGGUAGGCGACUCCGCCCAGGCCACCUACCUUGCGACAUUUGCACCUCCCAUCAACGCCCGCAUCAACGCCAACCUCCCCGGUGUCAACCUCACAAAUGAAGACUUGAUCAGCUUGAUGGACCUCUGCCCGUUCAACACCGUUGCCUCGCCUACCGGUGUCUUGUCCCCCUUUUGUGAUUUGUUCACCGAAGAGGAAUGGAAGUUGUACGAUUACUACGAGUCACUAGGGAAAUACUACGGUUAUGGUCCCGGGAACCCGCUCGGUCCUACGCAGGGGGUGGGCUGGGUGAAUGAGCUCAUUGCUAGGUUGACGAGGAGGCCGGUGGAGGAUCACACGACGACGAACUCGACGCUGGACGAGAGCCCGGAGACGUUCCCGUUGGAUAGGGAACUGUAUGCCGAUUUCAGCCAUGAUAAUGAUAUGAUGGGGAUUUUGGGAGCGCUGGGAGUGUAUAAUGGGGUAAAGCCCCUGAAUAACAAUACGAGACAGGAACCGGAAGAUGCAGGAGGGUUUAGUGCUGCUUGGACGGUAGCCUUUGCGGCCAGAAUAUAUGUUGAGAAGAUGGUUUGUAGAGGGACGAAAGGAAACGGGGAAGAGUUGGUUAGGAUCCUGGUUAACGGGAGAGUGGUGAAGCCACACAAUUGUGAGGCUGAUGAUUUUGGGAGGUGUAACCUGGAUCAGUUUGUGGAAGGGUUGGAGUUUGCGAGGAAGGGCGGGAAAUGGGGAGAGUGCUGGGCUUAG